AUGGCCGAGGAACUCACUCGCCUAACGAGCGAGAUCGAACGCGUCGUGACAGCGCCUUACGUGCCCUCACUCCAGAAUUUACAUUACCUGGUCCAGGCCAGCUCUUCUUCAAUAGUCGACUCUUGGGUGCUUCAUAAGCCCUGUCAGGUGGGCUUGUUGGCCGAUGUUUUGGUAGAGGGCUUGUCCCGUUCGCGAUAUCAUCCAGCAUGUGUUGCAUUGUUCUCGUCGCCUCUUCCACGGGGCUUUACACCUCCCGCUCGUCUCGCCGGCUUUAUUACGAAGCUAGUGUCCAUGAUGGCGGCCAAUCCCGGAGCAGAGACAAUAGCGCCCUUGCAUGCCCUGAUGACUGGCCUCCAGGGAUCUCCCAACUUCAUUAACGAUGUUCCAAUAGAAGUCAUGUCUAACCUUCAGCUUGAAUUUACUAAAAUGCUGCGCAACCUCGACGACCACAUGGGUAACCUUUUGGGCCUGGCCACUUUUGCGCAGAUAGCAUCAACUCAACAGAAGCAGCCUCGCAACCAACACGGGCCGGAAAUGCCGUCUUGGCUUCUCAAUAUUCAGAAUUUUUUUGGCCCCAAGCGUGGUCUCAAGACUUUAGACCUGAUCGUUUUGCGCGUCAUCCUCGCCUGUUCCUCGAGCUGCAACAAUCUCACUCCGUCACAAGCCGCAGAAAGCAUUCGUCUUGCCAUUUGCAUUGCCGAUGUUAUUGAACCAGAGCAGAAGAGAAUUUGGCUUACUAGCAAUUCAGCCAAGAUUGCCAAGCUAUGCGAGAAGGUGGCCAGGGAGAAUUUGAACAGGGAGACACAAAUUAUGGGGGUCACAUUUUUGCUUUCUCUUCAAACCGUGGGAUCUUUGCCUUCUCACAUUCGGGACCUUGGUCUCCGUGUGCUUGUCUCUAAAGACAGCAGAGUAGUACUUGGAGCGAUGCCGACACGACUUGUUUCACGCCUGACAGAUUCUUUGGUGGGCUAUGAUGAGUCUGUCAUAUACGAGCUCCUGCGGUUCACAGUUGAGGCCUUGAAAGAGGACAGCCUCGGACGCGACUCCAUGGUUAAUCUCCACGUGUCAAAUCUCCUCUUCUCAGAAUUUCAGUCCAAUUUGUCGCAGCCUAUGAUUGCGUCGCUACUAAACUCGGCCUCUACCAAGCGGACUAUUGCCAGCCUGUUCGGAAAUUUCCCCCUGGUUCCGGGUCAGCAACAGUGCCAGGGCUCACAGGUCUGCUACUGUGCAUACAGCGCCUUACAAAACAGUAUUUUGCUCAAAUUAUUUGACAUUUACUUUGCUGCGGCUCUGUCGCAUGGCGACGACAGUACAGAUAUUGUUAUAAUGAGAACCUUUGUGGAACGAGCUACGAGAACGAUCAACAGUAGUGAGUGCAGCUUUACGCAAGCUGCUUGCAAAGACUUCCGAGGCUGCCUUGAUCUGCGCAAUAGGCAAGAAUUUGCCUUAACGGGCCGCUCAACCUUGGACUGGCGUUCUGCUAUCACCAAAAUGCACAGGCAAGAUUCCGAAAUAUCGCACAGCAAUAUGAUGAAAAGGAUCGAGGACAUUUGCUUUGAUCUUGAACGUCGAUGCUACGAUAUCGAAGGACCUGUGCGGUCUGCGGAGGAGGAGCGCGACAGACAAACGAAUGAAGCCGAACAACUGAGACAAAAGAAUGAAGAUUUACACAGACAAUUGGACCAAUCAUUAGAUGCAAAUUCAUCGCUUCAGCAAGAGCUGGCACGUCUUGAAGCACAUGCUGAUAAUGCAAACACUCGUGUCGAGGAGCUAUCAGCAGCGCUUGAAUCUACCCGGCAAGAGCUGCACGAUCAACAGCACCACUCGGAAGAAGUGCUUCGAAUGGAGCAAGAAAAAGCUCGAACCCGAGAGCUCGAUCUGAUUGCUACAAGUACUGAAAAGGAUGAUCAGCUCGAAGAGCUGCAAGAGCAAGUGCGGCAUCUAAAGUCGGACAGUGAAGGCCGCCGUCAAGUCAUGGAGACGCUUACCCAUGAUAAGUCCGCCUCCGCCAAAACAAUGGCAGCUUUGCAGCAUGAGAUCGAAGAAGUCAAAGGUUUUUUGGAAGCAAAUCAAUUGCUCUGCUCUCAAAAGGAAGAUGAAAUCAAGCGUCUUCUUACGGACAAUAAGGAUUUGCAGAUAGAGCUGAGUAGUAUGAAAACAAUGCUAUGGAUAUUAUUUCCGAAUGAUCACUCACCUAACGUGCAGAUUGAGGAGCAAAACUUACAAGUUGAGCGGCUCUAUUCAAAAUUGCAAGAAGCUGAAGAAAAGGCAAGGACCGAUACUGAGAUGCUGAAACAAGAGCAAGAGGCGAAAAUCGCCAGUUUUGCUUCAAAAGUAGCCAAACAACAGGAAGAGAGCGCCCGGAUACAAAAGGUCAUGCAGACAGCCGCCAACGAUGCCUUCAAGAAGCUACAGUCCAAGGAUAAGCGCAUUCACCAGUUAGAAAGCAAGAUCCAAUCUCUUCGCGAUGCGAGAACAGCAAAGGCUAGGGAAUUCUCGGAAGCCCAGCAGCAUAUCAGCCGGCUCAUAAAUGUCAUGGGCUUCUCUGCAAAACCAAAUGAGCAGGUCCCAAACAGGCCGCAACCAAGCAGAGACACUGAUACCGUCCUCACUUCAGAUCAACGCCACUCAGCCGCGUGGGACGGCGAUGAUGAUAUCCAGCUCGCAGAGUCGCUCGGCUCUUUGUCCUCUCAUCUUCAGGGUCCUAGUCCCAGAAGACCCGAGGAUAAUGGACGAUACAUCCACCUUUCCCCGGCGCCUGCUCCCAAGACACCCACCGGUGUUGGCUCAACAGUGAAUAUAACUGUCCCCAGAACCAUCUCCCGGCAACCUCUUGUUGAGGCUGACCUCAACAGUCCCCUUAAGCCUCAACUAAGCGUCGGGCCAAAGGGCAGCCAAUAUCGCUCUGCAUCCACGGAGGUUUUAGAUGACAAUCACUUCCAUGAUUUAGACCUGGAUAUGGAUUUGGAGUUCUCGAAGGACCACAUUUUUACGAGCACAGCUUUCUCUGGCCCCAGUGAUCUGCUAGCUCCCCAAUGA